GGCGGGGAGACCGUCGGGGGGGGCGCUGCCGCCUCCGCCAACAGCAGCAACAGCUACAGCAGCAGCAACAGCGGCUACAGCAGCAGCAGUACCAGCCUCGCCGCGCGGCCGGAUCUGCCGGGAGCCUCCGGGAGCGCACCACAAAGCCGGCCCCUCGCCUUUUCCUCACCAGCGGCUCUUCGGCGCCCGACUCCGCGGCCAACUUCGCCUGGCGGGGCCGGGGCAGCUGGCGGGGAAGGAAGGCGGUGACGGCGGAACGAACGCCGUGGCUGCCCGCUCGCGUGGCCCGCGCACUCACACUCAGCCCCCCGCGCGCCGGAUCUCGAGGGUGGCCGCGCUGGCAUUCCGGCCACCGGGAAUCGUCCGGAAAUAAUGCAAAAGGUGUCCCAAGUCUCUUGACCAGUGAACAAAGAUUUGAGAAAGACAGCCAAGCCCAUGUUUUCUCCUGAUCAAGAAAAUCAUCCUUCCAAAGCACCAGUAAAAUACGGAGAACUCAUUGUGUUAGGGUAUAAUGGGUCUCUCCCAAAUGGCGAUAGAGGAAGGAGGAAAAGUAGGUUUGCUUUGUUUAAAAGACCCAAGGCAAAUGGGGUGAAGCCCAGCACUGUGCAUAUUGCGUGUACUCCUCAGGCCGCAAAGGCAAUAAGCAACAAGGACCAGCAUAGUAUAUCAUACACUUUGUCUCGAGCCCAGACAGUUGUGGUUGAAUAUACUCAUGACAGCAACACGGAUAUGUUCCAGAUUGGUCGGUCGACUGAAAGCCCUAUUGAUUUUGUAGUAACUGACACAGUUCCUGGAAGUCAAAGUAAUUCUGACACACAGUCAGUUCAAAGCACUAUAUCAAGAUUUGCCUGUAGAAUCAUAUGUGAACGGAAUCCCCCCUAUACAGCACGGAUUUAUGCUGCAGGAUUUGAUUCAUCAAAAAAUAUCUUUCUUGGGGAGAAGGCUGCCAAGUGGAAAACAUCUGAUGGGCAGAUGGAUGGCUUGACCACUAAUGGCGUUCUUGUGAUGCAUCCACGCAAUGGGUUCACCGAAGACUCCAAGCCUGGAAUAUGGAGAGAAAUAUCAGUGUGUGGAAAUGUAUUUAGCCUGCGUGAAACCCGAUCAGCUCAGCAGAGAGGGAAAAUGGUGGAAAUUGAAACCAAUCAGUUACAAGAUGGCUCACUAAUCGACCUCUGUGGCGCAACAUUGCUGUGGCGUACUGCAGAAGGCCUUUCUCAUACCCCUACUGUGAAGCAUUUAGAAGCUUUAAGACAGGAAAUCAAUGCAGCAAGACCUCAGUGCCCUGUAGGGUUCAACACACUAGCCUUUCCUAGUAUGAAGAGGAAAGAUGUUGUAGAUGAAAAACAACCAUGGGUCUAUCUAAACUGCGGCCAUGUACAUGGCUAUCAUAACUGGGGAAACAAAGAAGAACGUGAUGGAAAAGAUCGUGAAUGUCCUAUGUGUAGGUCUGUUGGUCCCUAUGUCCCUCUGUGGCUUGGAUGUGAAGCUGGAUUUUAUGUGGACGCCGGCCCUCCAACCCAUGCGUUUAGCCCCUGUGGGCAUGUGUGUUCAGAAAAGACAACGGCCUAUUGGUCCCAGAUCCCGCUUCCUCAUGGUACGCACACUUUUCACGCAGCCUGUCCCUUUUGUGCACAUCAGUUGGCUGGUGAACAAGGCUACAUCAGACUUAUUUUCCAAGGACCUCUAGACUAACAGACAGUUGUCCUCCAGGACUACAUUAUAAAUUUAUAAGCUAAGUGAGUUGGGUUUUUCAACCUGUUGUCCACAUCAGUUUCUCUGCUCUGGUCAUUUGCAUUAAAAUGAAGAAUUUUUUUAAACAUUUAUAAUAAAUAGUAGCAAUUUCUGAGCAAAAAUCUGGGAAACUCGAGCAAAGGAAUUUUUGAAAGUAUCAGACUUCUGAAUUCUGAGUUUUGAAAAUAUAUUUUGAGGAAAAAAAGACAUAGCCUAAUUCAAUGCCUUCAUUUUAGUGUUUUUGAAUCACCCAUCCUCAGUGCUGAGAAAUUGUUUUGUAUAACUGAGGGUACCGUUGGUUCAAACUAUGUUAGUUUACAGUUUGUUGCAAACAUUGUAAAAUACAGCAACAUGUAUAUUAACUUUUUUCUAUUUAUCUUUAUGAUAGAAAAUAUAUUAGAAUGUUCUUGAUAGAGUAGCGUGGUAAUGAUGGUGUCACACUCUGAGUGUGAAUUGUAGUGUAGUGAGCACACAGCUCAAGGAUUUACAAAAGCUAAGAAGGACAAGAGAGCCUCUCCUCACCCCAUUAAAUAUGGAAUUUGGUGAAUUAGAAUACUUUGUAAAACCAAAUUCAUAUUAAUUAUCAUUGUCUAAGAGGUGUUUGUUUUUAACCAUAAUGAAGUUAAUCAGGAAGAUUUUUUUCCUUAAUGUUUCUCUCAAGUGUAGUACUAUAACAAAAACUUAAUGCUAAAAAACAUUUUAUAUACUCCUUUGAAUAUGCAAUCUAAUCUAGAUUAUCUAUUUUUCUCCCAUGACGACUAAUCCGUUUUUAGUAUUCGCAACAUUUGGCAAGUUUAUUUUUUGGAUAUGAACUAUAGUUCUCAUCUGUUCACUGUUUCUAGAAAAAAAGAUAAUUUCUGUGGUAAAAAGCAUCAAUUAACAAGAAAAGAUAAUGACUUUAUUUGUUUUUAGAAACAGAAAUGCUUAGUUAAUUCUACAUUGAGCUUUCUCCAGGCAUUAGAAAAUGUACAGCUAUGAAGGGUUGGACAAUAGUGCCACCCCUCCCCCCACUAAAGCAGACCAGCCUUAACUGUAGGCUUGGAUCCUAAGGAGAGUUGCUGUGGUAUGACUCAAGUGAGUGCUUGGUUGUCAGAUGAGCAUCAGUGACAGCAGAGGGAAGGAACAAACUUGCAAGGUCUGUUUUAUUCUAGAACCCCAGGACAUCCUUUGCUUUUGGAAGCAAGAAAACGUUUCUGUUCCCCUCCAACCAUUUUUUAAAUGCUCCACAAGAAGAGACAGUUGCACUACAUCAAACCCUUUUUGACACUUGUAGAAAUCCAUACACUUUUAGAUUAGACAAAUCAUUUUUACUUUUAGUCUCUUGUUUUCCUUUAGUUUGAAAAAUUGUAUCAUACUGAAUUGACUAUAGCAAAUUUUUAUGGUAGCGUAACUUUAUCCUAUUGUCAUUUUUUUUCUUUCUUUAAAAAAAAACUUGUUGCUUAGGAGCCAUGAACUAUUUUAUUUUAGUGUCAAAAUUCCUUCUUUUAAAAAAUGAUCAUUUGGGUUCACUCAGGAAAUGCAUGUCAGGAAACUUGUAUUAUAAGUUUAUUAGUUGUGAUGUAUCAGUAACUGCUGUUACCCCUUUUCAAAGAAAUAUAAUUGAUUUUGACUUUUUUUUAGAUUGUCACAUGAUUUGUGACUAAUGCAAGGAAAUCAAGUCCUGUGUUGUGUUUGUUCUAGUCAUUUCUAUUCAGGCUAUAUAUUGUAGCUUAAUUUUUAUUUGCAAUUAAUUUAUUCAAACUGAGUAAAUACUUUUCAAAAUAGA